AUGUCUCCUCCCGCUGCAGCCCGCUCAUCUGCUACAGCUUUUGCUGAUGCGCACGCAGCGCCGAAAAUACAAAAGACAGAUGUCGAUGCUCGCUCUGUCGCAAGCACUCAUCUCGGAAGUUCGGACGACGAUGAGAGGCUCAUCGAAAUCGGCUAUGUGCCCUCCUUCAAGCGCGAGUUCUCCAACCUCGCUACGAUCAGCUUUGCCUUCAGCAUCAUGGGUCUAUGCUCCAGUGUGGCCACGACGUUCAACACUCCCUUGCUCACCGGAGGGCCUGCGUCGGUUACAUGGUGCUGGAUUCUGGGGGCGUGCAUGUGUUUCACGCUUGGGUCUAGCAUAGCAGAGAUUGUGAGCGCCUUCCCGACCUGCGGUGGCUUAUAUACCGCUUCUGCGCAGCUCUGUCCACCACGAUAUCGUCCUAUCGUCGGUUGGAUCGUCGGAUGGCUGAACCUGCUCGGACAAGUUGUUGGACUUUCGUCGACAGAGUUCGGUCUUGCAAACAUGAUCUGGGCCGCCGUGGUAAUUGGGAAGGACGGAAAUUUCGUAGUCACACAAGGCAUGACGGUAGGCCUGUUUGCCGGCCUCAUGGUGUUCAAUGGGCUUCUGAACUGUGUCGGUACGCGCUAUCUUGCCCAUGCUACCAAAGGGUUUGUGUUCGUGAACCUUGGCGCGACAUUUCUUAUCAUCAUUGUCCUGCUUGCGAAGACGCCGCGCUCAGAGAUGCAUCCGGCGUCUUAUGUCUUUGGCUCAUUUGGGAUUGUGAACCAGACUGGAGGUUGGAACGAUGGGCUAGCGUUUUUGUUCGGCCUGUUGAGCGUACAAUGGACGAUGACGGACUACGAUGCAACAGCACACAUAUCGUACGUAUGGACAUCUUUCCUCGGCUCUUCUUUCAUCGUCCUUACUACUUCUGCUUCCGCCGUUCCGAACCCUCUCUUCGCUCUUCUUAUCUUACGGAACGGGUCCGCAUCGUCUCUUCUUCGCCGGGUUACUCCGAUGCCGUUGCUGUUCGGAUGUAUUCAACGCUCCGUCCCAGAUCCUUUGCGUUUGGUGAUAUGCACGAAGCUUACAGCACAUUACAGGGAAGAAGUGAGACGUGCAGCAUAUGCAGCCCCAUCUGCUAUUUUCAUUGCAGUUAUCGGCACUGGUCUGAUCGGAUGGAUCCUUAACAUCGUUGUCGUGCUAUGCUCUGGGCCGUUAGAAAAUCUUCCAGGAGCGUCUGGUUCUGCAUUCCUCGAGAUCAUGGCGCUCCGCAUCGGCAAGCCUGGUGCCUUGUUCCUCUGGUCAUUCGUAUGCCUUACAGCCUUCUUCGUGUGCCAGACGGCGCUGCAGGCGUGCUCCAGGACGGUCUACGCAUUCAGCCGCGACCAUGGUCUUCCUGAUGGCGGCUAUUUCGGACAAAUCACCCCAUGGACGAAGACGCCCCUUCGUGCCGUGUGGCUGACGACAAUUGUUAGCAUCCUCCCGGGGCUUCUCGACCUUGCUAGUACUGUAGCUGCCAAUGCGAUUUUCGCAUCGUGUGCUAUUGCACUGGACUCGUCAUAUAUCAUUCCUAUCAUCCUGAGACGUGUCUUCCGGAAUCAUCCCGAAGUUCAUUUCACACCGGGACCCUUCUACAUGGGUGACGGAAUGCUGGGCUGGACGGCGAACACGCUGUGCGUCCUGUGGACCCUGUUCGUAUGCGUCAUCUUCAGCAUGCCCACCGUGCUUCCUGUCACCAAGACAAAUAUGAACUACGCGUCCGUUAUUGUUGUCGGGGUUAUUGCACUUUCAAGCGUGUGGUAUAUUUGCGGCGCACACCGCCACUACAAGGGUCCGAGCUUCAAUGCGCGCAAGAAUGACCAGACCAGUCAAUCCAGUCUCUCCGACGACAUGCUCACCGGGGAAUUCGCAGAGAAGGAGGCUAUCAUCGCGUAG